AGGUGAUGUAGAGAUGGUCAGCCAUGGUGGUAUGAGGAAAAGAAGCAGGAUUCUCCUUAUCCUCUCAUGAAAUUAUCCUCAGAUAAUUGUUUAUAACACUAUUUCUAACAAAUUCAUAUCUCGUUUUCAAAUAGGCUAUUCACAGGUGAGAAGCCAAAAUGGCGUCUCCUAAUUUUCAAGUGACACUUCAAGCCGAUCCGAAUCAGAUGGCACAGGCUGCUGGUUACAUGGCCUCCCAAGGGGACUACAUGCAACAACAGGGAAUUCCUACAGAAGGUCUCCCACAGAGCGGAAAGCUGCCUGUCUCCAUAAGAUUUGAUCCAAGCUACAUAAAGACAUUCCCAGGAAUGCUGAAAAUAGCAGAAAUAGUAAAUAACAUAAUAGGCAUGAUCUGUAUCAUGGCUUCUGGCUGUAGUUGGUGCUCGAACAGUAACUGGUUCAACUUCGUCGCGUCUACAGGCCUCACGGUCACAUUCGUGCUUUUAGUCUUCUACUUCUUUCACAUCAUCGAAAAACUAAAGUUCGUCCCUUGGCUUGCGAUCGAACUGCUGUAUGCCGCGACUUGGACAUUAUUCUACAUGAUUGCGGCACUGGUUGUUGCUGUCAAAGGAGGACGAGAUGAUGCCUGGGCUGCUGCAGGAUUCUUUGGAUUUGCUGGUGCAAUUCUAUACGCUGCUGACUGUUAUACUAAAUACAAGUACUGGAAGGACGGUAUACCAGCACAAGGAGUAAAACCACCGGAGAUGAAUUACGCAGCCUAUUGACUCAGUACUCCCUGUACCGCAGAUAACACUAAGUGGUGUACCUUAUUUGUUUCAAAAAUUGCAUACGAUAAUAAUCAUGUACAAUGGUGUACUGAAGUCAGAAUUGAAGAUUUAUCAGCGAGAAACAUUUAAAUAUGAGGCCCUCUCGGAUGAUUGAUUAUCCGUGAAAAAACAAAGUAGAAUUUGUUAAAAUGAACUCACUAGAUAACGGACAUGUUGUUGUACCUCAAACACUGCAUGAGUCAGCUUUAUUGUGUAGAGAUUUUAUCCACUCCGAAUUUUAUUUCAAUUGUAAA